GGCAACAUUCUAACAUUUACCCCCAAUCUAUGUAUCUCGCCAGAGCCGAGCCAAUUUCCCCUGGUAUUCGAGACAUGGGUCCAUUCCUCAACAUACUUUUCUAUGAUACUUCGCUUUCAUGAAAAGUCCUUGGAUGGUACGAGAGGCUGCGUUCGACUGAAGAUAAAAGAAAACAAGAAAAAGGUAAAUUGGAUCUUUACAUCUACCUAUCUGUUGAGUCUUUGCACUGUAAUAAGGAUGUCUUUCACGAUUUGCAGACCGCAUCCCGUACGAUAAUCCACCAGUAAUACGCUUCGAGGUUCCAAAAUUA